UAUUAAAAACCUUCCUUUUCAUACCAUAUUGUAAACGAAAUCAAUCAAAUUUAGUAGUUUGUAUAAACACAAUUUGCUUUCAUAAUAUGCAUUUUCUACUAUUGAUCCUCUUGAGCCAAUUUUUGGCAUUGGCCCAUGGAAUACAUAUGUUCAGUAUGAACCGAAUCCCGUUUAUAGACAAUUUAGAAAAAGUGCUCCCUCACCAUGAUGUUCCACAACAAACUGAGAAACGUCUAUCUCCAGUAAUUCUGAUUCCCGGUGAUGGCGGUAGCCGGAUGGAUGCCAUGUUGGACAAGCCGGAUCGUGUCCAUUAUUACUGUAGCCUGCAGACUGACAUGUUUUACGAUAUAUGGCUAAACAAGGAACUUAUGGUCUGGGGAGUGAUCGAUUGUCUUGUAGAUAACCUUCGGCUGGUGUAUAACAAUAUAACCAGAAAGACGGAGAACGCACCAGGAGUUACAAUUCGAAUUCCCGGCUGGGGCUAUUCAGAAACGGUCGAGUGGAUCGAUACAUCACACGCUAGUGUUAGUGCGUACUACGUCAAUCUUGCCAAUACAUUGGUUAUGAAUGGAUACCAUCGUGGUAUUUCUAUUCGAGGGGCACCGUACGAUUUUAGAAAAGCACCCAACGAAAAUUUCAUGUUCCCAAUCAAAAUGAAGAUGUUAGUCGAAGAGGCAUACCAAAUAAAUGGUAAAACUCCGGUUACCCUGAUAGCCCACAGCAUGGGCGGCCCAAUGGUGUUGAAUUUUCUCCACCAACAGUCUCAAAGAUGGAAGGAUAAAUACAUUCGGCGCCUUAUUUCACUAGCCGGUGCAUGGGGAGGAUCUAUCAAAUCAAUGAAAGUAUACGCCAUGGGAGACAACCUGAACUCAGACUUUGUUAGCAAUGCGGCAAUACGGGCGUUGGAAAUUACGACCCCAUCGUUGGCCUGGCUAAUGCCGAGUCCAUUAGUGUUCAAACCGCAAACCGUUCUCGCCAGAACGAACACCCGUAGCUAUACGAUGGAAGACCUUGAAGAUUUCUUUCAUGACAUCGACUGUCCAGAGUGCUGGGAAAUGCACAAAGAUGUUCUACCCUACAUGCUGAAUUUCGUGAAAGAAUAUGCCGGCAACGAUCACAUGGGAAUCUUGGCGAACCUUACGGUGCUGGAUGAUAUUGCUGUGCUGCAGCUACAAGAUUUAUAGUGAAUUGUAGAAAAUAAUUGUUGCACGUCACGAUUUGAAUCGAUUUAUACCAAUACUGUUUGUUCCCUAUGAUAAGAAGGUAUGCAUUUGUUUUAAUAUGUUAAAAUCAUGUGUUGUUACGUUUGUUUUGAUAGGAUAUAGAUUUUAUAAAUAAACUAUUAUUUUUUAAGCUGAAA